AUGGAGGCUCGCAAAGAGAGAAGAGAGCAGAUGAUGGAGGAAGAGUCAAAGAGAAAAGAAGAAGGAAAGAAGAAUGGUGCUGCUGGGUCUGCAGAAAGCUUGUGCAAGAAUGAUGGAUUUGACCCAGCGGCCAAAGCAAUCAUUGAAGAACGCAUAAUCAGCCAUGAGGGUGAAGAGGGUGGUGGAGGAGCUAAAAACCCUGAUGAUGUUCUUGCCUUUUCCAGGUCUGUUCACAAAAUUGACUCUUCACUUGAGUGA